AUGCCGUCCAAGUCCUCCGCCAACAAGAAGGCCGCCUCUGGCUGCCGUUGCUUCUCCCUUCGGAGCUUCGGAAUCCUCACCGUGUUCCUGGCGCUGUUCUCCGCCUUCUACAGCUUCCUCGACGCGCGCCUGGAGCAGUUCUACAUCUUCGAGCCUGAGCACCUGCACGAUCUCUCGCAGCGCGCUAUCAAGGCUCAUGGCGAUGACACACGCUCCAUCGUCAACUUCAUUGUUGCCGAGCUGGAGGAAAAGGUUGGCUCAAAGUACCUGAGCACGGAGGAGGAGUGGGUGUUCAACAACGCCGGCGGUGCGAUGGGCGCGAUGUAUGUCAUUCAUGCCAGUAUCACUGAGUACCUGAUCAUCUUCGGUAAGGUCCAAUUGCAUCCUUCACAGCCUCUAGGGCUUCGUUCAUCCGCUAACCCUUCUCUUCCGCCAGGAACCGCCAUUGGCACCGAGGGCCACACCGGCCGCCACACCGCUGACGACUACUUCAACAUCCUCCACGGCACCCAGUUGGCCUAUGUGCCCGGCGAGUUCGAGCCCGAGAAAUACCCUGCCGGCACUGUUCACCACCUCCGCCGCGGUGAGGUCAAGCAGUACAAGAUGGAUACCGCCUGCUUCGCGCUCGAGUACGCCCGCGGCUGGAUCCCCCCGAUGCUCUUCUUCGGCUACGCCGAUACCUUCUCGAGCACUCUCGACUUCCCGACCCUUUGGGCUACCACGCGCAUCACUGCCCGUGAGAUGGUGGGCAACCUGCUUCAGUUCAAGCUGUAA